AUGAAUGGCAUUCAGGCAGCUGUACGAAGAGGUGACAUCCUAUUAACAGUGGAUGUUCAGCAAGCAACUGUUGACAGUGAUCGAAAUACUAUGAAUAAUAUCCCGACUUCCUGGAAACCGGAUCGACAACCAAGCCUACUCACAGAUGUGUUUCGAAAGAUGCGUUCGUCAACAUCAGGAGAUCAGACGUUCUGGACUUCAUUGUGCCGACCGUGUCAGCUCGACUCAGUUGAUGGCUUUAAAUCCCGACCACUAGAGGGGAGUGGCGCUUGGGAUAUCUCUGGACCUGUGCUGGCCCAUUGGAAUGAACAACUUAUCCAUGCCGUUCACGUUAUUUUUCAGCAGCAUAAGAGGGAAAUCCUACAAGGGACAGCAUGGGAGUUAGCUAUUGAUUGCUGGAUGAUUGGUCCUUCUCAGCAUGAAGCUCGUCCCAACAUUGUUCUAGCGUGUCUUGAUAAAGGCACAGUCAAACGCUUCACGAACAAAAUUAUGCAGGACACGACGUUUAAGAAGUCAGGGUUCAGAGUCAUCGGGAGGCGUGGUAGCUUACGCUUCCUUGGAGUCCAAGAUAGCUCCUCACAGAGGUUGCCGACAUACGAUGUUCCCAUUGAUCCCUGCGGUCUCUAUGUGGACAUCAUCAACAAUUCAGAGCGCACAGAUAUACGAAAGGCAACAGUGGGUGGUCUGAUACUUGUGGGGGAUGUUCUUCAUUACUUAACAUCAGGCCAUGUCUUCUUGAAGAAAUUCGAAUCUCCCACGGACGAGAAUGAUCAAUUUAUCAAUGGAGCGGACAUCGUUGCACCUCGAGAAGGGGUUCCAGCCCAACACAUUGCGAGGCCCUGGAAAUACAAAGAUUAUGGAGAUCCUACCCAAAACGUGGGCAUGGAAGGAGACUGGGCCCUGCUGAAACCGACUCCGAAGAAUUUAUCUGACCUAAAAUACCUUGUGAAUCAUACAAGUAGUCUGGAAACGAAUGUCUACGUCGAGAAUUACCGUGAUGUUUCCGACGCCUGUGAGCCAGUAUUGCUACAACAAGGUGGGCGAGACUUAGCGAGGAUUGCUUGUUCGCAAGCCUUAUCUCUUAUUCCAUCCGCGGACGGAAGAGCCAUGAAUUUUGGUCACAAGGUCUGGCGGUCAAGUGUACCUGGAGAGAGCGGGUCAUGGAUAAUCGAUUCAGUCUCUGGGGAUCUUCUUGGUAUUCUUACCGCAGUAUCAAUGGCUGACGAGAUUUCCUACAUGCUUCGUGCCCCGGACGUUUUCAACUGCUUGUCGAGCUGCAAAGCAAAAACGGUACGAUUACCUCGCGCAGAUCACUUCAAAAAGAGCAAUGAUGCGCUUGUACUCUUACUAAAAUCUCUUAUGGAACUCGAUCAACCAGAUCUUAUUAGGAAGUUCUUGCUCCAGAUGGAAGUUUCGGAAAGGGCUCAAUUGUUGGAAUCUCGAUGGGGCCGGAAAUUGAUAGCUAAGGGUGCUGAAAUGAGAUCUGUUGUGCUUGUGCGUCUUAUUCUUGAGAUGGAAUCUACAGAUCCACGGUGGAUGGCCAAGCAAAUGUCGUCUGAGCUUGAAACCGCGUGUUUGAAAGGCUCCGAAGCAGCGGUGUGGACCCUGUUGGAAGCGGGCGCUGACCCGAAGGAGGGGGGAUGUCUCUGCAUCGCGGUAUUUUCCAAUAGCAAGGACGUCGUGAAGCUGCUUCUGGAGGCGGGCGCGAUUGGAAGCCCCGACGCAUUUUACGCUUGGGAAGAGACAGUAAGUCGACGACAUUACGAAAUGGUGCCGAUGUUUCUCGCUGCCGGAGUUGAAAAGCUCGACCAAGGUCUCUCAGCUGCGAUGCGCCGUGCGGAUGAGGCCGGCGAUGACCGAAUGAGGUUCCUCCUUAUCCAAGCCGGUGCGGAUUUAUCAUCUUUGAAGAGCUUGAUGUAUCUACCACCUGAAAGUGGUAAGAAGGAAGUGCUACAGCAUCCAAAUCCCUAUGCCACAAAGAUGGGAAUGAACGCCUCCAAGUCUGGUCCCCAAACCAUUCACAAGAAUACAGGCGACGAAGAAGCUACUGGACGAACCAAAAUACAGGAGCAGGCUUUCGACGAGGAAGACACUGAGGUUUAUUGA